AUGAUACAGAAGACGUUUGCAGGACUGAAGAUAUCUCGGACUCGGGUUUUUGAGUGGUAUCGGUGCUUUCGUGACGGCAGAUCGUCUGUGGAAGAUGAAAAGGGGCGUGGUCGUAAGAGUUCCGUAGACGCAACGUUAGUGGCAUCUGUAAAGGACGUUAUCUACAGAGAUAGGCGGACAACAAUACGAGAUGUUUGUAACAUAAAUGGUUAUAGUUUCGGUACAGUCCAGAGAGUUAUUACUGAACAACUGAACAUGAAAAGGGUCAGUGCUAGGUGGAUACCCCGCCUACUAACAGAUGAACACCGGACAAAAUGGAUUAAUGCCUCCAGGAAGUUUUUAAAACGUUAUCGACGGGAAGGGGAGGCUUUCUUGAACCGCAUUAUCACCUGUGACGAGACCUGGAUUUACCUGUUUGAUCCUGAGACUAACGAGCAGUCUCGUCAGUGGAAGACUCCGGGAUCACCGACACCUAAGAAGGCCAAAGUUACCAGCACAACAGGCAAGCAAAUGUACAUUUUCUUUGCCGACCGCCAUGGGAUGAUUCGACAACACGCAGUGCCGAUUGUUAUAUGA